AUGCGCAAUCCCCCGCCUGUGAGCCACCUGGCCCCAAACCGGCUAGUGGGACUCAACAACAGCCAAUUCACCUCGAACCAUACUGGGCAAGCCGCCUGCGGAACGAACGACGAGACGAAAGCGGACAUAGAGAGUGACGUCGAUGUGCCUUUGAGCUCCCAAACGACUGAGAAACGGACAACAAGCGCUCGCACACUGCAGCAGGACUUGCAGACCGACCCGCUUCGCCAUCGACAGAGCUCUAGACUCGUGGCCAAGGACUCGCCCCUCUCCUUUACCGUCUUGCCGACCUUUCGUGACCGCCGUUGA